GCUUAACACACCAUUGAGCUAUGUACAAAAUUCUAGCAAGUUUCAUAAUUAUCGUCCUCAUAAUUUGGUUAUUAUUACACAAUGGUGGCGGUACGCAAAAAACUCAUAGUGAAUCAAAACCCGAAAUUUUUAAUCCUCGAAAGAUAUUCAAUGAAAAUAGAUUUACUCCAAAAGUGGAAAAACAUGCAGAAUAUUGGCAUUCAAUCGGCCAAAUGGAAUUAUUGAAAAAUUUACAGAGAAAAGAACUGAAUUUAAAUAGAGCGAAAAAUGUUAUCCUGUUUCUCGGCGACGGUAUGUCAGUGAGCACCCUUACAGCAGCCCGCAUUCUCAAGGGACAAAGGAAAAAUCAAACGGGCGAAGAGGAGUCACUGAGUUUCGAAAAUUUCCCUUAUGUCGCCCUAAGUAAGACGUAUUGCGCUAAUUCCCAGGUGGCAGAUUCCGCUUGUACUGCCACCGCCUAUCUAUGUGGUGUAAAGGGAAAUAUUGGCACCAUUGGUGUAAAUGGUCAUGUAGAAUUUGGUAAUUGUACAGCCAGCAUGGAUCCGGCAAAUCAAGUCUCCUCCAUACUUGCCUGGGCACAAAAGGCGGGAAAAGCAACUGGAUUCAUAACCACAACCUCGCUAACGCAUGCCAGUCCGGCAGGGACCUACGCCCAUGUGGCAAGUCGCUUGUGGGAAAGUGAUAGCGACAUAAUUAAAUACUCCAAUGGUAAAAUCGAUACCAGCACUUGUCCAGAUAUGGCUCAACAAUUGAUUAGCCAAGAGCCGGGGCGUAAUUUCGACAUAAUAAUGGGCGGUGGUAUGGGUAAAUUUAUACCCCGGACUACCAAAGACUUUCAUGACAAUGGGGGCGAACGGAAGGAUAAUAGAAAUUUACUUUCUCUAUGGCAAACAAUGCAUCCCCAAGGAGUGCUGGUGACAAAUCGCCAACAGUUGUUCAAAGCAAAUACUUCUGAAAUUUCACAUAUCAUGGGUAUAUUUCAAAGUGAAACCAUGCAAUAUCAUGCCCUGGCUGAUGAGGCACAACAACCCACGUUAAUGGAAAUGACAAAAGUGGCAUUGGAUUUUUUGCGUCGUAAAAAUCGAGAGUAUUUCAUAUUCAUCGAAGGCGGUAAAAUCGAUUCAGCCCAUCAUUCCACAAAGGCCGGUUUGGCUUUGGAUGAAACAUUGGAAUUUGAAAAGGCCAUACAAUUGGCUCGCGAUAUGACAGAUCCAAAAGAUACCCUCAUUGUGGUCACAGCCGAUCAUGGCCAACCCUUAACUAUUGGUGGCUAUCCAAGACGUGGUAGUCCCAUAUUGGGCCUCAAUGAAAAUGAACGAGCUUCGGAUGGUUUGAAGUUUUCCACACUAAAUUAUCCGAUGGGUCCGCAACAAUAUCGUGAUGAGAAAACGGGAAAACGUUUGGAUCUUGGCAAAUUGUCAUGGAAAAUUGAUAGCCCAUAUCCCAGUUAUAUUCCUUCGUUUUACAGCUCACAUUCCGGUGAGGAUGUUGGUGUCUAUGCUUCGGGUCCCCAUGAUUAUCUAUUUACUGGUGUUCUGCAGCAAAAUACGAUACCUCAUCUCAUUGCAUAUGCUGCCUGCCUUGGUGAGGGUCUAACGUUGUGCAACGAAAACGGUGAAGGGAAGAAUAUAAGUAAUUAGGUAAAAUGAAAUAAAUCUACUUCCGAUUUUAGUAAAAUUAUUCAUUGUAUACUAGCAAAUGCCCGCUAUUUUGUAUGUGGAAUAAGCAAUUUAUAUUAAGUGAAUUUAUGUUAAGAGAAUUUUUUGUACCCAAAUAAAAAGCUUUA